AAGUUAAAACCGGAAAUUAACAUGUUCUGCCUCGCACCAUGACUCAGUGGCCUGCCUUGAAGGCGUCACUCGGGCAGAGCCAAUCCCACCUACUGCAUGGCAUUCGUUCAUCCAACGAUUGGCAAGAAGAAACCUGUUGCGCCAGCUGACCAAAAAGUAAAACUCAGAACCUAUUGCGCUUACAUAGGCGCAUCAGAGAGAAGAAUCUGAAUUGCGAAAAGGGCAAACAAAAGACUUGAGCCACAAACUUUCUUUUCCCUUGGCCAUGGGCUAAGUGAAUCACUGACGACACCUCAUCAUGAUUACGCUACGCCUGCGCAGUCUUAUGCUGCUGCAGCUGUUGGCCGUGGCCAGCGCUGAGUAUGUGUACGGCGAGCCCAAGUUCAAGUGUCCCAAGAAGUCCAAGGUGCUUUACCCGUGCAGCUGCAUUAAGGGCAGCGAUGAUGGAAUCUUUGUGCGCUGUGAGAAAGUGAACUUGGCUACGCUCUCCGUGGCUCUGCAGAACUUAGCCUCCUUCGGCUUGCCCAUCGAGGAGUUGUCCAUUUACAGGGGUAACUUUGUUCGCUUGUACGGACCUCUGUUUGCCAAUAUCAAAGCCCGCAUCCUGAUCAUUGAGGAGACACCUCUGGCCACCAUCGAGGAUUAUGUGUUCUAUGGCGUGAACAAUACAAUGGAGGAGCUCCACUUUUUGGGCACCAAUUUGAGUCAUAUUGGACCCCUGGCCUUUGGCAUACUGGGAAAGACCACUCAACUAGUGAUCAAUGGCCAUGCGUUUGAGCAACUUCCAAACGAUCUCUUCGCUGGCCAAGAGAUCGCGAAUAGACUCGAGACGUUGCGGCUGACCAAUGGACUGCUGAGCGAUCUACCUAUAGAGACCUUUCAGCCCCUGCGCAAGCUGAAAACUCUCGACCUGCAUGGCAAUCAGUUGGAGAACCUGAAACGAAAUCAGUUCAAGAAUCUCAGGGAAUUGGAACUCUUGGAUAUAAGUCACAAUGGGAUCAAGAAACUGGAGGCGCAACACAUUUCCGAUCUCACCAAGCUGGGCUGGUGCAAUGUCUCGCACAACGCCCUCAGCGAGCUGAGUCGCGGCACCUUUGCCAGGAACUCUGUGUUGAAAGUGCUCAAUCUUGACCACAAUCGCAUAUCGCGUCUGGAUGCUAACAGCUUUCGGGGCAUGCGAUUCCUGCGCCGCCUAUUUCUCAGCGACAAUGUGCUCACGGAGAUUGGUCGCGGCACCUUCGGGUCGGUGGCCCGGAUUGGAACUAUUGACUUGGCCCGCAAUCAGCUGAAGAAGGUGGAGUACCAAAUGUUUACCCAAAUGAACUAUGUGGAGCUUUUGGAUCUGGCGGAGAACAACAUCACGAAAAUCGAGAAGAACUCCUUCAAAGAUAUCUACCAGGCGGUGAUAAAUAUCUCGCACAAUGCCUUGGAACUGAUUGAAACGGCCGCCUUUGAGAACUGCAUCAACAUAACCACACUCGACCUAUCCCACAACCGAUUGACCAACUUCUCGCGCCGCAGUUUCGACGAGAACACUUUUGCCACUACCUUCCAGCUGAGCUUCAACGGCCUGACCAGUCUGGCACAUAUACCCAUACAGAACAUGACUGGCCUGAAAGUGCUGAAUGCCUCGUACAACAACAUCUCGGAAAUCCCCAGGAACUCCUUUCCCAAGCUGUACGAGCUGCACACGAUCGAUGUGUCGCACAACAACAUCUCCAUCAUUUUCAACGGUGUGUUCCAGGUUCUCUUUUCGCUCCGGACAGUGGAUCUCAGCUAUAACAGCAUGCGGGAAAUCAAGUCAUCGACCUUUGGCACCAUGCCCACACUGCUGCUAUUGGAUCUCAGUCACAACGAGCUGGUGUCAGUGGUACGCGGGUCUAUGGCCAAGAUGACCAGCAUGCGUCAGCUCUACCUGAACCACAAUCGGCUGGAGAAGCUCUUUGAGCUGCCCAUUUCACUGAACGAGCUCUAUCUGAGUCAUAACAACAUUACGUCAAUCCCAGCGAGCACGUGGCCGGUCAUGAACUCAUUGAUCUACCUAGACCUGAGCCACAAUCAGCUGGGCGACAGCCUGGACUCGCAGAGUUUCACAGGUCUGCUGGUGGUGCAGCGUCUAAAGCUGCAGAACAAUGGCAUCACUCAGCCGCCUCUGCAAGCAGUGGCGGGCAUGUCAACGCUGCAGUAUCUGUACUUGGAGAACAACAACAUAUCCGCCUUGGAGCGCAGCGCCUUUGGCAAGCUGCCGGUUCUGUUUGAACUCAAUUUGCAUGGCAACCAGGUCCAGGACAUUAGCAAACGCGCCUUUGAGGGCCUGCUGCAGUUGCUCAACCUUAACCUGUCGUCGAACGGACUCAAGCACCUGCAGAACGACAUCUUCUUUGGACUGCCAUCGCUGCGCACUUUGGAUCUGUCGCACAAUUUGCUAUCCAAGCUGGACAACAAGACGAACGGCGUCCUGGACGACCUGCUCAGCCUGGAGACCUUGGACUUGAGUCACAACCGCAUCAGCUUCGUCACCAAGAAGACCUUCCCCUCGGCCCAGUACAUACCGUACAACCUGCAGUACCUGGACCUGAGCUAUAACCAGAUGCCCGUCCUAACCUACGACAUCACCUUCGGCACCAAGAAGCUGCUGCACCUGAAUUUGUCCCACAACCAGAUCAACGAACUGCGACGCGGCGUCCUCUCCAACUUCACCGCGUUGAAUCGUCUAGAUCUGUCGCACAACGAGCUCACGAACCUCCAGUCAGAGGAGCACAUCUUCGACCUGCCCAAGAACCUGAGCCGCCUCGAUUUGUCGCACAACCAGAUCUACCACUUGCCCUUUGCCAAUCUGGUGAAGGUGCAGUCGCUGGCAUUCGCCGACCUGUCCAACAACAGCCUGGAGGACGUGCCCGCCACGGUAGUGGGCAGCAUGCGCAACGGCACACAGAUUCUGGUGGCCGGUAAUCCACUACACUGCGGCUGCAAUGCGCGUCCCCUUAAGCACUUUAUGCUGCAGCAGACGACGCCAAGCGAGGAUCUUCGGGGCAUUCUCUGCACCACACCAUCGCUGGCCAAGGACAAGUACCUCUUGGAGCUGGACGACGAGUUUCUGCAGUGCACCAACGACGAGAGGGAGACGUACACGGGCAGCGACUACGAGCAGCUCACAGAUGUCCGGUUCCGUGAGGUUCAGACCAGCAAGGCCGGCAAUCUAACGCUCAGCUGGUAUGUGUCUGCCACGGCAGAUGUGUCCGACUUCAACGUUUAUAUCCGGAGCGGCGGCAACGAGGUGCUCUUCCAGGCGGACUAUGCCUACAACCAGCGCACGGCCCAGAUACCCAUCGCAGACCUGCAGUCGCACGGCGAGGACAAGCUGCUGGCUGCCGAGAUCUGCAUCGUGUCCCGCGACAGCGACGGCAACACCCGGAAGUGGUUCGCCGGUCAGUGCCAGGCACUGCCGUCGCUCAAGCUGCGCAGGACCUUCUUCUUCGGAAACUUCCAAGUGCGGGGAGGAGCCGCCGCCGCCAGCCACCACACCGGAGAGUGUCACCUCGUGUUCAUAGCUAUCAUGUUGUUUGUUGCCAAGCUGUGGUAUUCGUGGUAUUAAAUGUCCGUCUGCGGCCACCGCUCACUGUAA